AUGACCCCCCAUCCCCCAACCCCCCCAUCUCCCAACCCCCCAGCCCCCAACCCCCCAGCCCCCAUCCCAUCCCCCAUCCCAUCCCUCAUCCCAUCCCCCAUCCCAUCCGCCAUUCCAUCCCCCAUCCCAUCCCCCAUCCCAUCCCCCAACCCCCCUUCCCCCCCCAACCCCCCCCAGCCCCCCAGCCCCCAGCCCCCAACCCCCCAGCCCCCAUCCCAUCCCCCAUCCCAUCCCCCAUCCCAUCCCCCAUCCCACAUCCCCAUCCCCCUUCCCCAUCCCCCAUCCCCAUCCCCCUUCCCCAUCCCCCAUCCCCAUCCCCCAUCCCCAUCCCCCAUCCCCUAUCCCCCAUCCCCAUCCCCUAUCCCCCAUCCCCAUCCCCCAUCCCCUAUCCCCCAUCCCCAUCCCCAUCCCCAUCCCCCAUCCCCUAUCCCCCAUCCCCAUCCCCAUCCCCAUCCCCAUCCCCUAUCCCCCAUCCCCAUCCCCAUCCCCUAUCCCCCAUCCCCAUCCCCAUCCCCAUCCCCAUCCCCAUCCCCAUCCCCAUCCCCAUCCCCAUCCCCAUCCCCAUCCCCAUCCCCAUCCCCCAUCCCCCAUCCCCCAUCCCCCAUCCCCAUCCCCAUUCCUCUAUUCCCCUUCCUCAUUUAUACGAAACAAUACUUACAAGUUCAGACGUCUUUUCCGGUUGUGUCUGUGGCCGACUCGUUUAUGGGAAUGAAGCUGUUGCAUCAGAGCGGUUGA